CUAGAUUGUUUCUGCAGUGUGUUUUGGGCCUUAGUCCAACAGUGGAACAGAGAGGUUUCAAAGGCGGGGAGAAGAGCCUCCUCCUCCUGCUGCUGCUGCUCCCUGCCCUGGACUCUCCUUCUUCCUGGAUUGGAAAACAGGCAGCAAAUUAAAGUUCAUCCUAAAAUGGCAGCCAAGCGCUUUCUGUGGCUGGGCACAAGAAGCGCUCCCCUUCAUUUCUGGGGCUGCAGCAGAGCAGCCCACUCAGGGGCUUCGGGCUCCCUAAAGAGGGAGUACGACGCCAUCGUCGUUGGGGCAGGACACAAUGGAUUAGUGGCUGCUGCCUACUUGCAAAAAGGGGGAUUAAAAACUGUGGUGCUGGAGAGAAGACACAUUGUGGGGGGUGCUGCAGUCACAGAGGAAAUCAUUCCAGGUUUUCAUUUCUCCAGAGCUUCUUACCUGCUCAGCCUCUUAAGACCCCAGAUUUACAAAGAGCUAGAGUUGAAGAGACAUGGCUUAAAAGUGCUGCUACGUGAUCCUUAUUCCUUCACCCCAAUGCUGGAGGAUGGCCAGGAUGGCAGAUCUCCCCGCUCCUUGCUGUUGGGAAACAACAUGGCUGAGACUCAGAAACAGAUUGCUCAGUUCUCUGUAAAAGAUGCUGAGGCCUUUCCCAAGUAUGAGACAUUCAUGAGCCGUUUAGUGUCUGCCAUAGAUCCUCUGCUUGAUACCUGCCCUGUGGAUUUGGCUGUGCUCAGCCAGGGCUCCCUGCUUCAACGGCUCAAAGCCUUGCAAGGCCUACGGACCCUGAUCCAUGCAGGCUUUACCCUGGGCAAAGAGCUCCCCCAAUAUUAUGAAGUCCUCACAGCCCCCAUUUCCAAGAUCUUGGAUUUCUGGUUUGAGUCGGAGCCCUUGAAAGCAACUCUGGCAACAGAUGCAGUGAUUGGUGCCAUGGCUAGUCCCCACACACCAGGUAGUGGAUAUGUGCUGCUGCACCAUGUAAUGGGCGAGCUAGAGGGGCGGCGGGGUGCCUGGGGUUAUGUGACUGGUGGCAUGGGAGCACUUUCCCAGGCCUUGGCCCGUGCUGCAACUGAACUUGGGGCUGAGAUCUUCACUGAGAAGGAGGUUGCCAAGAUCCUUCUGAGUUCUGAUAGAAAGGUGAAAGGUGUUUGCCUCAAGGAUGGAACUGAAGUGAAGAGCCUCUUGGUAUUAUCCAAUGCAUCUCCACAACUCACCUUUCUAGAAUUGACCCCCCAGGAGUUACUACCCCCAGAGUUUGUCCAGAGAAUCUCACAGUUUGACACACGUUCUCCAGUCACCAAGAUCAAUGUGGCUGUAGAUCAAUUGCCCAAUUUCCUAGCAGCUCCAAACAGCAAUGAUGGCCACCCUUCACCCCAUCAUCAAAGUUCCAUUCACCUCAACUGUGAAGACAUGCAUACUGUACACCAAGCCUUUGAGGAUGCCUCCCAUGGGAGGCCAUCUCACAGGCCCAUGAUUGAGCUGUGCAUUCCAUCUGCCCUUGACUCCACACUGGCUCCCCCAGGCUGCCACGUGAUCUCUCUCUUCACUCAGUACACUCCCUACAUGCUGGCUGGAGGGAAGCAAUGGAAUAACCAUGAACGUGAUGACUAUGCUGACCGAGUAUUUGACUGUGUUGAAGCUUACGCACCUGGUUUCAAGGCCUCCGUCAUCGGCAGGGAUGUUUUAACACCUCCAGACCUUGAACAGAUCUUUGGUCUACCUGGAGGGAAUAUAUUUCAUGGAGCUAUGUCGUUAGACCAGCUAUAUUUUGCCCGGCCAAUGCCCUCUUACUCUAGCUACCGGUCUCCAGUCCAAGGCCUGUACCUCUGUGGAAGUGGAGCACAUCCUGGAGGAGGCGUAAUGGGUGCUGUGGGUCGUAAUGCUGCUAGGACAGUCCUGGAGGAUUUCAAGAACUUGUGAGCCAGUAGGAACAUAUUUUGCUGCUCUGACGCAGGAAAAGAGACCCCACCAGUUUGCAUGCUAGUCAUUCCAGCACCUAGAAAUAAUCCUCCUGUGAAAUAUCUUUGAACUUGAUUUGAGAGAGACUUUUCAAAGGUUGCUAUCAUCAAGACUAGUUGUUCUCAAUAUGCCAGUUAGGGAAUGUUGCUGUGUAAUGUUCUUGCAGUCAGACACUAGCAGUCAGACAUUACUAAUGCUUUUGUUGUUGUCGUUGUGUGCCUUCAAGUAAUUUCUGAUUUAUAGCAAGAUUUGUUCAGAGGGAGUUUGUCUUUGCCCUCCUAGGAGAUUGAGAGAGUGUGACUUGCCCAAGGUCACCCAGUGGGUUUCCAUGACUAAGUGGGGAUUCAAAUCCUGGUCUCCAGAGUUUUAGUCCAAUGUGCAAACCACUAUACCAUGGUGGCUCUCAAACCAAUUUUACAGAUCCUUUAUUCUGUAUUAUCCUUUCUUAUCAGUACUCUUGAUUUAUAUUCAACAACCUGUUUUUUUCUCCUUGGCUUGGUUGGAGGAAAUCUCUUCCUCCUAUGAGAAGCAGAGGUGUGGGAAGAAUGAUGGGUAAGGUUAAAUCCUGUGUAGGACCUGCUUGUCAGCCAGUGGAACUGAGACCUGCUGGAUUCAGGGCUUUCUUCCAGAAGUCACAGCUAUGUUGCUGAAUUUGCAUAACAGGACAUCCUGGUUCCUGUUCAUCAACAUGCUUAAAGCAGGGGUGAGCAAAAUUCAGAUGUUGGACUGCAACUCUCAGCAUUCCUUAUUGUUGGUCAUACUGACUAGGAUUGCUGGGCAUUGCGGUCCCAGCUAGAUGUUUGCACUUUUUUCACUCCUCUCUUAAAACAGGCAUUUGGGAACCAUGGCUUGGAAAGCUGAACAAACUACGCUCUGUCUCUGAAUAUAAGCUUGAAGUCCAGACAUUUCAUGGUCUCCGGGAGCUCAGAAACAAGGCCAUUGUCUGACAGUAUCACCUUAGCAAAGGGAUCAGGAGAGUCUACUGCCAUUCAUGUCAUUUGACCUUGUGCUCCCUAUCCAAAGCUGGCCAUGCCUGACUGAGCCCCAGUCCAAAAGAGCCAUAUUUCUCACUAGCAAAGAGCAGCUGCUUGCAAACACCUCUCUGCAAUCUGACUGCAAAUCCAGCCUGGAGGUGGCUACAAGCCAAAUACCCUCUCUGGCAGGGCAUCUGUUGUGUUUUGCAGGCAGAACCAUCCUAUUCACAAAUCAGUUGAGCCGGUGUGCUUGGCUUUUGUCCAGUUCCGUUCCAUUGAAAUAAGUGGGAAUAAAUCAGCUUAAAUCUAAAUAGCACACUUUAAAUGGCAUGUGGACUGCAGCCAAAGAGUGUCAACACAGUAAGGAAAAUCAAUAACUAACUUUCCUCCGUAGCUAUGAUGGAUUGAUUUAAUGUGAAGCAAUGAUUGUAAAAUCAUUACCAACUGUAUACUUAGAAAAUAUGUAUCCAAAGAUUAAAGAGUUUUUAAAAAACUGAAAA